CUGCCUGCUGUGUGUGUGCUGCUUUGAGAGUCCACCAUGCAUCACACUUACACAAAGAAGACUUGGAUGUUUAUCCUCCUGAUUGGGACCAUCUGCUGGAGCCUGGCCUCUGGAUCUUUGUAUGGUCCUCCUGAUUCCUGUCAAGGGCGAUGUAAUGAGAAAUACAACCGAAAGGAUGUUUGUCAUUGCAAUGAUAAAUGUGAAAUAUAUCAGAACUGCUGUGAAGACUACCACAUCUACUGUGGACAGGGUAAUACAGAUGAAAAAGAAAACAACACAGUGCACAAUGGGGGAUUCUCCACCAGCGAUGAUGCCAUCACAGAUGAAGAAUUGGUACAAGCAUCUGAACAGCUUUACCAACAUGACCGCAACAGAGCACAAGAGUCUGACAUCAUUCUUAACAAGCAGCAAUUGGCUUCAAAUACUAAGGACCACGAGGAUCAGUCGCCCAAACCAUUGUUCCAAUAUGUCAAUGAGGAGAAGCUCUUCUCUCAGCCAACAUAUGCAAGUUUCAUUAAGCUGCUGGACAAUUACCACAAAAGGGUUGGGACGGGUGAAGAAUUCACCAAGGAUCAACUGAAGGAGCAGGAUACUUUCCUCAAGGAGAUAAUGAAGACAGAGAUCAUGAAGGAGCUAUACAGAUUCCUUCACAGCAAGAAUCGUUAUGAUACGGAGGCGGAGUUUGUUGCUGACCUGAAGGAGAUGUGGUUUGGCCUUUACUCCAGGAGCAAGGAUGACAGCGACUCCAGUGGCUUUGAGCAUGUCUUCACAGGUGAAGUUAAAAAAGGAAAAGUAUCUGGAUUCCAUAAUUGGAUUCGUUUCUAUCUUCUGGAGAAGAAAGGCAUCAUUAACUACCUCAGCUACAACUAUGAUGGACCAUGGACAUCAUAUCCAGAUGUGCUGGGAAUGCAAUUCAACUGGGACGGGUUUUUCAAGGAAGUUGGGACAUCGUUCAUUGGAAGCAGUCCGGAAUUUGAAUUUGGCCUCUAUUCGCUGUGUUUCAUUGCUAGGCCUGGAAAAGUGUGUCGUCUGAAAAUUGGAGGCUAUGGUCUAGGGAUCCAGACCUACACUUGGGAUAAAUCCACCUAUGGCAAUGGCAAAAAGUACAUAGCAACAGCUUAUGUGGUGUCCCCAUGAGGCUGCAAGAUCCCACGUAUGGCAACACCCUCAUGAAUGAAUCGAUGCAACCCACACAGCAACAGUGCCUCUUUCUUCACCAACAGGUGCUGUGCAAUACUGUAGCAUCUCUGAUCUUUCGAUUCUGUAUGAAUGCAAAUUGGCCCAGUUUCUGUGGAACAUGCAGAAUCUCUUGAAGCCUAAACCAUCAGGAGGCUUGGGAGAGCUAGAAAGAUUGUAUAUCCUUAACCUGAAUAAUUUCCUGCCAUAGGUGACAUGAAACAUUGCCUAAAUCCCAACUGAAUUCUAGUAAAAUGCCUGAGGAAUAUCAGUGGAAGAAAAAAAAUUAAAAGAGAGAGAGAGAGAGAAACAAAUAGGUAGCUCUGACUAUUCCUAGAUUGCAAGUGACUUUCAUCUGAAGAAAAAAUUGUCAUUAAAUGGAAGUUCCCACUAACAGACUAAGAAAUUCAACAGGAAGCCAAAAUCUCUUCAGCGAGAUGAGCAAAAUUUCUCUGGAAGGUUUUAUAAACCUCUGUUCACAAUUUGAGAAGGAAUGGCUUUCCAGACCUGGAAGAAAUAAAAAGACAUGGAAGAAGAGUCUCGGAUUUCAGCACAGCCGUGACACAUGUACUGAAGCGACCAAGCGCUAUACUUGAUUCUCUUCCUGGGUACUCCUUGGUACCAUUUGGUUUGGGGAAGGCCCAUUCAGAUGUACCUGCCAAGUCCCACCAUGUAGACAUCUCUGAAAUUCUUGAGCUGCUGAAAGAUAAUGUGGUUAAAUCUGUGCCUAAGGGAACAUAGGUCCAAAAUCAAGGUGAGCUGUGGACCAAGUGGCUGCUCAUAGACCAAGCUGCCUCUUCCCAGAUCUUCAUCUAUAAGACGGGAAAAAAAUUAUAUCCUACCUCCAUGGAGUGAAUCCGAGUGAAAGAGAGGAUGAAGAGUUCCAACUCCAGUCCUCUGAAGAUGCCGGCCACAGAAACUGACGAAACAUUAGGAAGAACAUCCUUCAGAACACGACAGAGGGCCCGAAAAACCCACAAUAACCAGAGGAUGAAGAACUUGACCUAACAAAAAGGCAAUACGCACAAUUUUCAAUAAUGACAUCAUGCUUCCCUGUGCUAUCAGUAAAUACAUCUCUGCUUGACAGCUCAGUCUGGACAUUGUGAUGUCUUUAUUUAAACCAAUCCAUUACGCCUCUCAAAAGUGCUUUACCUUGCUAGGCAAAUCCAUAUAUUUAUGUAUGUCUGUAGAUUACUGAAAGCAU